AUGUCAAACGAUCAACAUAGAACCGAGAGCAUCCCAACCGAUGCCGGCAGUUCGCCAGUCGCACUGGACAGAGAACCCGCCGUCGCACUAUCAUCCUCGCCUACAGAUCGAAGAGCUAGCACCGAUGAGUGGGACGCAUCCAAGGUGCCCCCGAGCCGCUUUCAAAAGCGCAAGGGUUCCAUCUACGCCACGCCGGGUUCCCGUGAUGGUCACGUCGAUCGCAACUAUGCCUCGGGGUUUCAUGAGAAGCAUACCGAGAAGGGCUAUGCUAAGACGCCCGCGAAGUAG